AUGUCAGCUGCUAAUGAUACAACAGUAACUGUUGGAGCUGAGAAUACAGUCGUCGGUGCGCAAACCACGGUCACAGAUUCUGUUGUGGCAGCUGUAACAAAUGAUUUGGCGACGGAAGCAGAUGCUGGUGAUACAAAGGCAGUAACAGUUUCCACUAGUCAAGCAGAAACAGUAACCGAUAGACCAGAAGUUGAAAGAAUUGCCACCGUCCAAGCGCCUGAUGCCAAAGCAGCUGCAGAUGAAGAAGCUACUGAUACAACGGAAGGAGCCCAGGAAGGAGAGACAACUUUGCCGCAAAUAACACUCAUUGGAAGAGAAACAUCCGCGUCAGGCGAUGAAACAAGUGGCGCCACCGAUGCCAGCGUAACAGAUGUAGAUAAUGCAAUUACUGGAGUAACUGGUGAUAAUACCGCAGCUGCCACUGGUUUGACUGGAACAUCAGAGGCUCCGGAUGUAGCUGUGACAGGAGACACAACAGCCAUAGGAGAUGCAACAACAGCAGAAGACGAUGGUGCAUCAACGGGUGGAAUUGGCACGACAGCAACCGAAGGUGCGGAAACUUCCGCUGGCACAGAAACAGAAGAAGCGGAUGUACAGAUUACAACUGUUGAACAAGAUUUAAAUGAAACAUCCACAAUAGAUACGACAGAGGACUUAGGGAAUGACACAAGUACGGAACCUGGAAAUGGAAAAAAUGGUCAUCAUACCACUGAUGGGACGGAAUCAACAGAUAAUGAUACUAGUUCAACCGAUUUGACGUCAACGGCUUUUACAAUAGAUACAAGCGAAGACGAUCUUAAUGACACUGAUGAACUAACAACACAACGACCAGGUCCUGUUGGUCCUUCUGGGACGGAACUUCGAGUUAUUGUUACCCCGGACAAUCUACAAGUUCAAAUGGGACAAACACACACGCUCACUUGUACAGUUUACGGUGGCGGACCAGACACAACUCUUUAUUGGAUACAAGAGGAGCCGGAACGAAGAUACGCAGUACUAGAUCACGAUGGUCCAGGAGAAAAACAGACAUCAAUGGCAUCAGUAACAUUAACAUCUCGAAUAACAUUCAAUGAUCCAAGCAAAAUUGGAAAAUAUACAUGUUCUGCACAAGAUCCAUCUGGAAAUUAUGGACAAGCACCAUUAACAAUACAACUGGGAGGCCAACCAGAUUACUAUCGACCUGUACGUCCUGACGUUGGUCCAGCACCAGUACCCGGGAGCCGUUAUUUACGUAUCGUAACACCAGCAAUGGCUGAAGGUGAUUAUGUUGAAAUUCGAUGUGAAGGGGCAUCGGAGGAAGAUGCGGGAUAUGUUCAAUGGUAUUUUAACGGAAGACAACUAACAACCGACGAACAACCAUUGUAUCCAAGAGGAAAUGUUUUACACGUUCGACCCAUCUCUCGACCAUAUUUGGGCAAUUAUCGUUGCUCAAUACCAGACAAAGGUUAUUCGGAUGCAAAUAGUGUUAUACAAUUUGGAGGACCAUCAACAGUAACAGAACCACCAAGACGAGGCUUUACUGUCACCAUUAUUAUUGUGCAAGGACAAACAUCUGAAGGUCAGGUGUCAGAAGGUAGUCCAGUAACCUUGGAAGCUCGACCAAGUCAAUAUGCAACACGUUAUCGAUGGACAUUUGCGCCCGCUAGAAGUCCACAGUCCACUAAUGAUCGAGGUUAUAGUGAAAGACUUGAACUCCCAAGAGUUAUUAGCGAUGACAGUGGAGUGUAUACAGUCGAAGCAACUAGUAAUGAUGGACAAGUAGCAAGAAACUCCAUUAAUCUCUAUGUUGUCCGAAGAGUAGCACCUAUUCAACCUGUUCAACCUGUUCAACCUGGACGAUGCACGAUCGAUGAAGCUACCUGUCGUAAUGGCCGAUGUAUUCCACGAGGUGCACUUUGUAAUGGAGUCAACGAUUGUGGAGAUAAUUCUGAUGAGCAAUGUGGACCACGAACCGAUGGUGCAGAUGGAUGUCAACCAAAUGAAAUAGCUUGUACAAAUCCAGGUCGUGGACGAAAAUGUGUGCAGAAAUUUUGGAUGUGUGAUGGUGAUCGAGAUUGUGAUGAUGGAAGUGAUGAAAAUCUUCGCUAUUGUGAAUUAUUACCUCGUCAACCAUUCUGUAAACAAAGUGAAUAUCAUUGUGGGGGUGGAAACGGAACCGGAAAUCAGCCAAUUUGUAUUCCAAGAAGUUUUCACUGUGAUGGUUAUGUCGACUGUCCAGAUCGAUCAGAUGAACUUGGCUGUGUUAAACCAGUUGUUGUCACAGCUCCUCAGCGUCAAAUUCACAUCAAUAUUGGUCAUACAUUGCGUAUUCAGUGUACAGCACGUGGAUCUCCACCGCCAUACAUUAAUUGGCGUUUAAAUUGGGGACAUGUGUGUGGUGAUGGAUCGGAUAACGGUCGAUGUACAAUGAAACAAGAAUAUGAUCGAAAUGAUCCCACACUCGUUAUUGGUACCUUAGUUGUUGAAAGAGUCAAUGUUCCAGACGGUGGUGCAUAUUCAUGUGAAGCACUGAAUAGUCAAGGAUUUAUAUUUGGUAUACCCGAUGCUAUUGUUGAUGUUAUCAUUGAUCAACCCCCAAGACCACCGGUGACUGAACGCCCAUGCUUUUGUAAUGGACACAGUACAUCAUGUAAUCCUGAUGGAAUAUGUCGAGAUUGUCGACAUAAUACAUAUGGGCCUCAAUGUGAAUACUGUUUACAGGGUUAUGAAGGUGAUGCUCGCCGAGGUACACCACAAGAUUGUUAUCCUGGAGCUCAAACUGCCCCACAACGUUGUGAUCCCUCUGGUACCUACCUGGAAAGAAAUGGUCGUUGCAUAUGUAAAUACAAUGUUGAAGGAGACCGAUGUGAUCAAUGUAAACGAAAUAAUUUCUAUUUAAAUCCACAAACACCAAAUGGAUGUUUACCGUGCUUCUGCUCGGGAGUAUCGAACGAUUGUGUUGGAUCGGAUUGGCGACGUCGACCACAACAAUUACCAUUAACUAAUUGGAAUGUUGUUCCGCGAAACUUUGGCACUGAUCGUUGGGAAGGUAAAAAUAAUAUUCAAACACGACAAAACGGCGAAUUGGCGUUGAAUUUACAAACAACUGGUCGUCCAGCGGGUGACGUUCUUUAUUGGAGUGCACCACGUCAAGCGUUAGGCGAUUUAGUGACGUUAUAUGAUGGAAAUAUUGUGGUUCAUUUUACAAAUGACGGAACGGGAGCACUGAAUCGAGAUGAAUUUAUUUGGAUGAGAGGAAAUAAUAUUGAUCUUGUACACAAAAUACCACCAGCAACGACUUUUCAACCAAAUACAAAUUCAACCUACAGUACACCGUGCAAUGAGAGAACAUUUACAAGAAAAGAUGGUUCAUUAAUCGAUCGAGAAAAUAUUCUUAUGGCAUUAUCGGAUUUAGAUACAUUUUUGGUUAAAGCUAAUUCGGCUGCAGGACAACGAACUGCGGUAUUACGCGGUGUUACAUUGAAUCCAGCUACACGUGAUGGUAAUGGUGAUGUUGCUCGAACAGUUGAAAUGUGUACAUGUCCGGCCAAUUACACUGGCCCGUCCUGUGAAAAAUGUGCUGAAGGCUAUGGCCGCCCUCAUCCCUUAGUCGGCAUUUAUUUGGGCCAAUGUUGGGGCUGUCGAGCAUUAUGUCAUGAAAAAACUGACAGAUGUGAUCAUGAAACAGGCAAAUGUAUCGGAUGUAGUGGAAAUAGUGAAGGUGAUCGAUGUGAACGUUGUCAAUCAGGCUAUGUCAUGCAAGGAAAUCAAUGUGUACCAUACGGACAACAAGGACAAUAUGUUCCUUCACCUGGCUAUGGUGCAUCGUAUUAUCUCGAUAAUGCACCAUACAGUACUCAACAAGGUCCAUUAAGAAUUCAAGUUGAAAGUGGAAGAGAUCGACCAAUUCAAUUUCAAGUUUUGAAUGUUCAACCAUUAUCAGUUGUAUGGGGUCGCACGGAUGGUGGACCAUUACCAUAUGGAGUUACUCAAGAAGGAACUAACUUAGUGAUAAGAAAUCCAAAUCCAUCUGUGGCAGGAAAUUAUAUAUGUACAGUUCGAUUACCAGAUGGUAAUAGUGAUCGUGUACCAGUCACUGUAGAAUAUCAAGCAGGUCGUUAUGCUCCACCGAGACCAAGCGCAUAUCCGGUAUUUAGCCCACCAAGUCCAUUAGAGAUAGCUGCAGGUGAUCAAGCAGUUAUCAGGCUCGAUCAACCAAAUGCUCGUGUACAAUGGAGAAAAGAUGGCCAACCAUCUUUACCACAAAAUGUCUAUCAAGAUGGCAAUAAUUUACAGAUUCAGCGUGCAUCACCUGCUAUUAGUGGAACAUAUCUCGCUGAAGUUUACUUGAACGGUGGAGCACCAACAAUCGUUCCAUAUGAAAUAAGAGUUCGAUCAGCUCAACAGGGUGCCAACGGCGGACCACCAAAAGUAACAAUUCAACCAAGUACAAUUAAUCUUAAAGAAGGUCAACGAAUGAUUGUACAAUAUACCGUUAGUUCUGCCGAUCAAAUUAAUGUGGUAUGGACAAAAUGGAAUGGUCGAGAACAUGUGCCAAUUCCAAACAUGUUCCGUGUUGAACCAAAUCGUUUAAUAUUAGAUCGUGCGACGGCAGAUGCAGCUGGUGAUUAUCGUGUUCAAGUAUCUAAUCGUUAUGGCUCUGAUAAACAAGAUCUUCGAAUAACUGUUGAACGAACAGGAGGACCACGACAAAAUGAUUUAGCAUUAGCUCCACAAGUAUCCAUCCAACCUGAAACAUAUGAAGUUCGCUAUGGUGAAAGAAUAAAUAUAGUACCCAUUAUAAAUUCUCCAGCGGAAUACAAUGUUGUUUGGCUUAAAGAUGGUUCGCGACAACUACCGGCUGGUGUUACCGUUGAUCGUAACUCAUUGAAUGUACAUGCCGAAGAAGCUGAUGUAGCUGGUGAUUACACAAUUCAAGUAAUAAAUCAACACGCAUCAGCAACAGCACCAGUUAAAAUCAGAUUUCUAUCACCCGGCGCCUCAACUCAAGAUCAAUUUCAAGUUAGAAUUCAAGGACCAAAUACUAUACGUGUAAGACCUGGUCAAGAUGUACAAAUCUUAUGCGAAGUAGUAGCAAAUCCACAACCCUAUGAACCAGUUCGAUUUUCUUGGCAAAAACAAGGUGCGCCAAUUCCAAAUGGUGCCGAUGGCCGUUUAGUAUUGCGUAAUGUUGGAAGUCGUGAUGCUGGUAUUUAUAUUUGUACAGCAUCGAUCCCAGGACAAGUUGUCACAUCCGAUAUUGUCACAUUAGAGUUAGAAAAUGGUUCAGCUCUUGCAUCGGUUUCAUGGAAUAUAAAACAAAUUGAGUUGAAUGAAGGACAACGAUUAGAAGCAUUAUGUCAAUUUACAUCGAAUACAAAUUUUCCACCAUCGUCAUUACGCUUAAGCACAACAAAAAAUCAGUUACCUGUACAACAACCAUUAGGACUACAAUUCACUAAUGGACUUCUCACAUUGUCAUCUGUAUCCAUGCAAGAUGAUGGACUAGAAUUAAAAUGUGCAGCACCAUCUGUGUCUGGAUCACCAAGUGAUACAUUAUCUAUUCGAGUUCGAGCAAAUGAUUAUCCGGGUGGUAACACCGGUUAUUAUCAACAACCAGAAAGAGAACGACAUGGAUUUACUGCUCGUUUUGAACCAUCUGAUUUAUCAAAUCAUCAAAGUGGAAGAGAUGUUCAAUUACAAUGUACAGUUGACGGUGAAGUUGAGAAACCAGUACGAUAUACAUAUACCAAAGAUGGAAGAGCUUUAGAAGACAAUGUUGAAGUUCAUCCAAAUGGUUUACUGAUAAUAAAAAAUGCUCAAGCAGAUGGUGGGUACGGUUAUGGUGGGUAUCCACAAACUCAACAAGAUAUUGAAGUAUUCGUAGCACCAAAAGAAGUAAAUAUUGCCCAUGGUGAGACAGCAAAUAUUACUUGUACAGUAAAAGGUACAAGUAAUUACAAAUUAACAUGGGGUAAAUAUGCCCACGAUACUUCAUUGCCAGAUUAUGCAAGGCAAGUUGGUAAUAGUGUAAUUAUAUCUCCGCCAGCCGAUAGAGGUUUGGGUGAUGAGAUGAGUUAUUAUCAAUGUCAAGUUGAAGUAUCAGGCGAAGGACAGCCAAGACACGAUUAUGUUGUGGUUAAUUUGAGACAACCAACUAAGAAGGUAUAA